AUGGCUUCAAAAUUUGUGCUCCUUCUUUGUCUCGUAGCUUUAAUCGCGCCACUCUGGAGUUUCCCAUUGCAAACAAGAAUAGGUAGGUCUAAAAUACGAUUUUAAGAAACCUUUUACUGGUAUUUCAAUUGUCACUUUUAAGCCUUAAAUAAAGGCAACCGCCUUUGAUUGUGGUAAGCGACGAAUAGCCAGUUGUGUUUAAGUAAUUAAAUUGCACUACGUGGUGUAUUCAAAAUAAGUCUUCCAAGGUGACUUGUGACUUUUCUUUUCUCAAAUUAGCGUAAACUUAAUGGUAAAUACUCCGCCACAAGAAAAGAAAAAGAUAUCGAGGCCUCUUAAAGCCACUUAGGCAUACCUGCUUUUAAGGAAUUUUCAUCUUAAACCUACGAAAAAAGUGCCUCACCUUAGAAAUUUCAAUAGUAAAACUGUCUAAAUCACACUUUCUUUGAUUUUAAGUUAAACGUGACGAGUCUUCUGGAAGCGUGGAGGAUAAUGGUCCGGAUGAUAAUGGAAACGGCGAAAGUGAAAGCGUUCUUGAUGGUAAGUUACUUUAAACUAUCCUGACUUUGUCUUUUUCUCUACUAGUUUUGGCAGUCUUUCACACUCGGGUACAGUUAAUGUUAAGUGCGCACGGGAGAAGCUACAAUAUCUAUCUUGGCAGUAACUUAUCCACUCUAUCCCUUCGGUAACUUUCGGGUCGCCGAAGCAUUUUGAAAUCGAGACGUAGAUGUCGAGUCUAAUUCGGAAAUCAAUGUAAUUUGAAUAUCAUCUUUGGACUGAUCUUCGGUCACAUUUGAAUUUGCUUUCUAAUCAACAUAGUAUACGUCUAGAUACUCUCAAAUGUUUUUCGAGAUAAUUCACAGUCCUAACCUCAACUCAAAACGUCGAAAAGACCAGACGACGACUUCCCAAUACUUUAAAUAGUAAUGGCACUAAAGAUACUGUUUGGGUCAACAUGAAUUAGAAGUGAUGUAUAUUACAUUCAUUUUUAUUUUGCCAUUAACCAGAAAUACAAAAACAGCAUACAGAAAUACAUUAAAGAUAAUAUACAAUAUUCCAACUAAAUUAUUUACAAGAUCAAAUGUGGUAAAGGCAGGGAAGCCUAUGUAGAAGCCGGGGGCUUAUAGACUAUAGUCUUUCUGGAACUAUAGGGUAAACCAUACAAGUUAAGGGUACUGAAUGAAAAUUUGAAUUAAUUAAAAAAAAAAAGAAAAAAAAGAAAGAAAGAAGAGAAAAGAAGACAAAAAGGAAAAAGAAAAGGUGUGUAGCUCAACAAAGACUCAAUUUAACUAAGAAAGAAGGGAUUUUUUUAAGUCUUUUGCCAAACAAACUGAUACUUUCACUGUUUUGAAUUUCCCGACUUAGUUGAAAAACGUAGGACCUUGAAACCGAAUUGAGAAUUUUCGAAAAUUAAUUAGCAAUGAUUAAAUGAUUUUUGUGAAAAAAAAAUCAUUCCAGGGAGUUGUUAAUUAAAGCCUUUAAGCUAAAUAAAGACGGAUUGAGUCCUAAAUACAAGUCUUUUUUUCCUCACAGGAGAUGAGAGUGGUGAUGAAAGCGUUGAUGAGGAUGACAGUGGCGAUGGCGAUGACGGUGACGAUGAUAGUGGUGAUGAAGAUGGAGAUGAUGAUAGCGGUGAUGGUGAUGACAGCGAUGAUGAUAGCGGUGAUGAAGAUGGAGAUGAUGAUAGCGGUGAUGGUGAUGACAGCGAUGAUGAUAGUGGUGAUGAAGAUGGAGAUGAUGAUAGCGGUGAUGGUGAUGACAGCGAUGAUGAUAGCGGUGAUGAAGAUGGAGAUGAUGAUAGCGGUGAUGGUGAUGACAGCGAUGAUGAUAGCGGUGAUGAAGAUGGAGAUGAUGAUAGCGGUGAUGGUGAUGACAGCGAUGAUGAUAGUGGUGAUGAAGAUGGAGAAGAUGAUAGCGGUGAUGGUGAUGAAAGCGACGAGGAUGACAGCGGUGAUGGUGAAGAUGGUGACGAUGACAGCGGAGAUGACGAUGGUGAUGACAGCGGUGAUGACGACGAGGAUGACAGCGGUGAUGAUGAUGACAACGACGAGGAUGACAGCGGUGAUGGCGAUGAUGGCGACGACGACAGCGGUGAUGAUGAUGGUGAUGACAGCGACGAUGACAGCGGUGAUGACGACGACGAUGACAGCGGUGAUGACGGUGACGAUGACAGCGGUGAUGACGACGACGAUGACAGCGGUGAUGACGACGACGAUGACAGCGGUGAUGACGACGAUGAUGACAGCGGUGAUGACAAUGGCGAAGACGGCGAUAAUGACAGCGGUGAUGGCGAUGAUGGCGACGAUGACAGCGGUGAUGACGACGAUGAUGACAGCGGUGAUGAAGAUGGCGAAGACGGCGAUGGUGACAGCGAUGAUGGUGAUGACAGCGACGAGGAUGACAGCGGUGAUGGCGAUGACGGCGAAGAUGAUAGCGGUGAUGACGAUGGUGAUGACAGCAGUGAUGAAAGUGAGGAUGGUGAUGAUAACGGUGACGAUGGAGACGGUGAUGACACUGAAGACGUUAGUGACUACGGUGAUGAGAACAAUGAUGCUGGUGGUGUUGCAAGUCAGAAUGAUGCAUCUGACUAUAUUGACAAAGUUAUGAAGGGAGAUGAUGCUCAUAGUAUGGUUGGAUUCGAAAACUUAUAUUCCUCUGGUGGACAGAGAACGAGCCAUGGUGUUCUUUCAAUAAUUCUGGGUUUAUCAACAGUCUUACUUUUUAACAUCUUUUAUUAA